AUGCGUCCGAGCAGCGGUUCUCUUUCACCCGAUGUUGAUGAUUCUAUUAUCACGGAAGAUGCACAGAACACCAAACCAUUUAUAGAAUUCAACAAUCUGCGUCCACUCACUCGCAAGCAGGAACGGAAGUUGAUGGAUCAUCUAGAAGAGAGAUUUCUCGACUUAACGAGGAAUUACAAGAAGCGGUACUUAUCUGAGGUCUCGUCCACUUUACCCACUUUGUCCUCCUAUCUCCAAGCCACGCGCAUCAUUCUCUCGCUCGUUCUGCAAAUUCCUCCAUUGGAUCCAUCGACAUCUUUGCGCACUGCGUAUCUUCUUCGUCUGACCAAUGACAUCAUGCACUCCAUCCCUGGAUAUCUUCCGGAUACCGACACGCUUCCCGAGCUCCUUGAAUGGCUAGAUGUCCUCGAUCGUGGCUGGCUUGCAGUCCUACACUCACAAGCAUGGGAUCCCGUCCUGAGUGAGGGAGUCGAUGUCAUCUUGACCCCAGGAGCUCCGAUUAUGCGCUCGUCGCCUGUCACCCAGACAGAACGGACGCGCCUGAGGAGCUUGCUCGUGACGGGGACGGGGACAAUGGAAGAGUGGAUGGAAAGUCUGGAUACAGAGGAAGAGGAUUACAACAGCGCGCUGGAGAGGCUCGGCCUGCAGUCGGGAUUCGAUCAGCUGUUUUUUAGGUCUCUCACCGCAAUGGGAGGGUUAGGAAGCGCGGCCAGCGACCCUGCUGGGAUGGUAGGGUGA